AUGGAUCCUUUCGCGAUGCUGCUGGCUCAAGCCCAGCAAUCCGCCGAUCAACAGAAUAAGGAAGAAUCGGAGCUCGAACGUCUUGAAAUGCUCAUCGGCCAGGAAAUGUCGAUGCUCACCCAGCUGGAGCUCACCCGGGAACAACGUCUUCAAGAAGUCGAAAUGAAGUUCCAAUGCGAGCUGGAAGGACUGGAGAGAGAUCAGGAGAUUAUCCGUGGGCGGAGCGAGCAGAAGAUCGACCUUCGACGGGAAGUCGUCCUCAAGGAGUUGACGACGUGGGAAGACGGCUUCCGGAACAAACAACAGGUCAAAAAGGAUCGUCUUGAAGCGGAGAAGGCGUCGUUGGCCAGAGAGGUCGAGAAGUUGACCAGAAAUGUUUCCGAUAAACAGAAGGAGGUAAAGGCAAUUUUUUUAAUAUGGGAAGGUUCUGUAAAGACCUGAGAAAAGGUUCCCGGAAAUGCCCUCAUGUAGAAGUUUCAAGCGCUUUUUUCCAUGAUUUUUGUGCAGGUUUUUUUUUCAAAAAUGGAACUUUUUUUUUUACAAUAAAUAAGAAAAGUUGGAGCUUCUUUGAAAAGUUAGUUUAGCCAUUUUUUUACCUUUUUUUCAGAAGUUACCCCUAUUUUGUGAGAAAUCGAGCGAGUUCAAAAAUAACAAUAGACCUCCCAGAAUUUUUCAGUUUAAAUAUAUAUGUUUGCGGAGAAUUUUCUUUCUGUCAAAGUGAGUCAAGCUCCUUUUUCGUGCUUUAUCGUCAGUAAAUUUUUUGAAAACUCAAAAAAACCAUAGUGAGAUGACCAGACUUUUAAAUAUAAUUACCCUAUGGUUUCUAAGUUAGCCUUUUUAUUUUUAUAUUUACGGUUUCUUUCAGUUGCUCGACCGCCAGAUAGAGUUGAAACAUGAGGCGCUCGAUAGGGCCAAAGAACGCGCUGAGCACGCCGCCGAACGAAGGGCCGCCCAUCAGACCCAAAUCAAGGAGAUCAAGCUGAAGAUCGCCGAGAAGAAGAUGAACUCGCACAAGGCCGACGGCAUCGCCGAGUCGAUUUCCUGCAGCGCCCACCAUCAGAACGUUAUCUCUGCGCGUUGUCGCGGUAUCCGCCAGGCUCAAGAUGACGUCACCGACGCCUGGAAUCUUCUCCGAUCUUCGGUGCGUCUGAAUCGAAAUCAAGACGUUCCUGAAGGGGACAGCGCAGUGGACAAAAAUCAGUCACAAAGUACCGCGCCACAGUUGCAGAAAACUGGGCGUGGUUUCAUUCGCAAGUUCAAAACCCUACUACCUUUUGCUUGUUUGUUUCUGAGUGUUACUUUUGUGUUCGGAUUGUUCGUCAGUUUUGACUUCAUAUAAAUUGGUUGUAUAAUGUCGCUACUUGGCCGUUUACCGCUUUAGUUGAGAAAAAACGAAAAAAAUGAGAAUUCGCAGUUUUUUUAAAAAUUAAUUUGAGUUCGUUCUGCUCGAUUUCUGUGCAGAAUGUGUUUUUUUCUACAAACCUUAACUUUUUUUCAAAAAAAGUUUUAUAGAAAAAAAUGGAUUUUUAUAUGAUUUUGUCAAAGUUUUUGAGAGUUCCGCGCGAUAGGCAAAAACUUUGUGGUAUGUCUAUAUUUCAGUUUGAUAGUUAAAAAUCUUCACACAAGUUCAUUGGAAAUAAUUUGGUUGAUUAGGAUAUAGGAAAAUUUUUAGAAACCACCUCCGAAAAUCGCAGAACUACGUAAAAAUGUGUGUUACUCCAUCGUCAUUCGAUGUGAUUUUUCUCAAAAAUUCUCGAAAAUGUUCCAUUCAAUCAUCAUUUUUUUCAACGUUUUUAUCAUCUCUUUUACCUUUUAAACAAUGAUUACCAUAGGUUUAUAGCUGAAAACUUUUCGUAAAACCGAAAUGAAGACUGAGAAGGCGGAUAAUUUCCAUUAAAACUCCAUUGAAUAGCUUCAUUAUGAUUUGAAAGCUUCUAGUAUCCCAUGGAAACACCGGAAAUCGAAAAAAAUAUUAUAAAUUCGAUCGAAACGCCUCAGCAGAAGAUAAAACCGAAAUUUUAAGAAAUUGUGGGCUUCAAAAAAAAAAGUCUGUUACGCAAGUACGCUUCAACCAACGCAAGGCCUCUUUUAAGACAAAUUAUCAUUAUUUUUUUCUAGCCAAAAUACCGUAUGUUUCCAAAUCACAGAAGCACGCAAAAUAGCUCUGUAUACUGUAGUUUUUCCUGCUUUGAAAAAACCUGUCAAGGACUCGCGAAACUUACUGUAGCGAAAAUGGAAGAUUUCCCUAAAAAUUUUUUUUAAGCUCUCCAUCAAAAAUUCCAAUGGAAAAAUUAGUUAUUUUAGUAGGAAAUUGAAUCUCCCUAUGCCUUCUUCAAAGUGAUUCCGGGAAAUUCGAAAUGAUUUCUGACUCUUCAAAUUGAUUUUCCUUGGCUUUUUUACUCUCAUUUUGAGUAUCCCGGAAUUACAUAAUGCGGCGUUAUUUCAUCAUUUUCUUUGAAACAGAAAACUGUUCCUUGAUUUUUUUUUUAUCGAAAAAUAUUAAAAGGUUUCAGAUCACGAACUACGACGGGAACUCCAACAGAGAUCCGGAUAUUGAUGUAACUCAAAUUUUUUUCGACUGAAAUGAACUUCAAUAUUUAAGAAACGAGCCCAAGCUCUUUUGGACAAAGUCGAAAGUCUGAUCAAAUGUGCUCGUUCCGCACGCGACGACUGUGAUGCUCUGGUCAGCAUUCCGGUCGAUAAACGCGUCGCUUUGAAGGUUUUGAAGACGUCCUUUAGGAUUUGAUAGAAUAUUUUCAGUUGGUCUGUGAUAAAAUGAUCAAACUGUCGGAUCAGAUCAUCGAUAGGAUCACGAGCAUCGCUUCCGCUGUGCAGGUAAAGCAUGGGGGAAAAAAAAUACUUAUUGUUGAAUUAAAUUGAAAAGUUUUGUACGAAUAAAUUACCGGGAAAAAAAAACGGCAAGGUUCUAAAAUUGAUCCAGUUUUUUUCUACGUGAAAAAAAUCAUUAAAUUUUUUUGAGUGAUUUUUCAAAUUUUUUUGGUAACAUGGAAAGAAAAUAUUCAGCAAAGAAAUUUUGGAACAAUCUUGAAGCUUAGACAUUCACUUUGUUUUCGUUUGAAAAAGAUUUGGCUGUAAAACCUUGAAAAUUUAUAUUUUGCUGACCUUUUUCACCCUUUUUUGUAUUUCACUGCUAGCUUGAGCCAUAGAAAAAGGGUCCUGACCCGAUAAUGCACGAGAUAGUGCCUGGCUUGUAGAGAGCGCAGACAGGCCACGCCCUCUUAGCGUCCCAAGUUAGCCGUAAAUCGGCUAUACUAUAAGUCCAAUGAAACAUGUCAUUUUCUAUUUUUAGGCUGGCCAGAAGCUUCUCAUCACUUCGGUGCUGGACCUGACGGAGGCGAUCCGGCUUCUGAAGGUCGAGGUCGAACAGAUCCCGUCGAUGAACACCGUCGACCAGAUUUCGCUCCUGAAGACGUCGCUCGACAAGUUGACCUAUGGGGCGCCGACCCCCAAUUUGGCUAUCGAAAUGAAGAAGGUGCACCCGGGAAUCUGAUUAACCGUUUACGAGAAUUUCGAGAGUUUUUAGGCCAAAAAGUAAUUUUUCGUAAUUUUUUUUGAUGCGUCUAUUUAUUUUUCUAUUCCUCGGUAAAAGUCUGAAUGGUGGAUAAAAAGGCCGCUAAAAGGCUCAAAAAGGGCCGCAGAAAGGCAGCAAUACGGCCCUCAGAAAGGCACCAAAAGAAGUCCCUUUAUCGAACCUUCCAUUCUUUCUGGGAUUUGGAAGGCUCAAGAAAUGGUGAAAAGAGAGAGGCAGCAAAAAUGGUGCAUAAAAGCCGAUAAAAUGGCGCAAAAAGGCAGCAAAAAAGAAAAAAAAGUUAUUACAUGAAAAAAGGUUCCAGGGGGACAUUGAAAGAGGAGGCCUUCUUCCGAUUCGAAACUCGAGUUCUGAAUUUGGAGACCACUGA